AUGGUGUUGGCAGUCCUGAUCGUAGCUUGUUUUGUGGUGUUCGCUGUAUGGAGACUGGUAAGGCCGAGGUCUCCAUCACCUGCUGUGUACCCUGGGGCACUGCCGUUGUUAGGACACCUCUUCCAACUCGCUGGAGACAAUUUCUCAUUUUGGGAGUUCACAAAAAAUCUUAAUAAAUUUUGUUUAAAAAAUGAUGACAUCUGUCAGAUUCGGCUGGGACCACAUCCAUGUUACGUACUAUCAGAUCCUGCCGAAAGCCUAAUGAUAGCAAACACAUAUCUGGAGAAACCAUACCUCUAUGAUUUUGCCAAGGAAAUGUUCAGCUGUGGGCUGGUCACAGCUACUGUAUCAACAUGGAAACCACAUCGAAAACUGCUAAAUCCAUCAUUCAGUGUGGCAGUUCUAAACACAUUUCUACCCGAGUUCAACUCACAGGCAAGAAAUCUCUUGUCUGUACUUUCUCAAGAAGUAGGAAAACCAGCGUUUGAUAUACAAUUGUACUUGGUUAAUAGUCUGAUGAAAACUGUAUGCCGAACAUCGCUCGGUCAAGAAAAAGAAAAACAGGACUUAAUAGAUAAGGACUAUGCUUUUGCUACUAAAAGUAUGUUCGCUCUAUAUGUAGAGAGAUUACAAAAAUUCUGGCUACAUAUACCUUUUAUCUUUAAUUUAAGUCCAUUAAAAACAAAACAUGACGAGCUAAUGAACAUCGCAAAAGAUAUCAUGGUUAAAGUGAUGAAUUAUAGGAAAUUAAAAUUGAAGGCCACUUAUUUAGAUGAUAUACAAGACUCCACAAAAGACAAAUUCAAGCCCCUAGUGGAUCAACUGCUAGAACUAGGUGAUAAACUAGAUGGCUUCACCGAUGAUGAGAUUAGAGCCCACUUAGACACGGUAGUGUCAGCUGCUUAUGACACCACGUCCACUGUCAUGACUUACACUUUGAUGCUAGUGGGAACUUACCCGAAGAUACAAGAACGAAUAUAUGAAGAGAUAACAUCAAUUCUAGGCAACGAAGACAGGGAUGUUACAAGGGAUGAUCUACCAGACUUUGUUUAUUUAGAGGCAGUUGUGAAAGAAGCCUUGAGACUAUACCCCCCAGUACCAACAGUAGCUAGAAAUAUUACAUCUGAUAUUCAAAUUAGGAAUUACACAUUAUCAGCCGGGUCUAGCUGCCUCAUACCAGUGUAUGGGAUCAACCGUCACCCCUCUUGGGGACCAGAUGCCGACGAGUUCAACCCAGACAGAUGGCUUCACCCUGACACCUUGCCUGACAAACCCAGUGCUUUUGCUAGCUUCAGCAUUGGAAAAAGAAACUGUAUAGGACGCAAGUACGCGAUGAUGGUAAUGAAAACGACUCUUGCGCAUAUAUUCCGCCGGUACCGAGUAAUCAGUGAUAUCAACAGUGUUCCCACAAGCUGUGAUAUUAUGAUCAAGCCAGCUAGUAGCCAACAAAUUGCUAUAGAAAUAAGGACGUGACAAUAAACUUAUUAAUUUU